AGUGUGGCUGUGAGGCGCCAGGAGCGGGGUGCAGGGGCCCUCGGCCGUCCGGUCCGUCCCCAGGCUCUGCCCUCGCUGCUUGCUAUUCCCGCAUCUCCUCGAUUCUUGUCCUCGGUUUCUCUCCUCUGUCCGCUUUUCCCUCUCUUUCCGUUUUUCCCUCUCUGUCUCUCUGUGCCCCUCUAUUUUCCGACUCUUGCCCUGUCUCUACCUAUUCUCUCCCCUGUCUCUGCCUCCCGCUGCGUCCUUAGUCUUUCCGUCUCUCUCAACCCAUCUAUUAGUCUCUGCCUCGUGUCUCUGUGACUGUCCUCUAUGGACUGACUGCCUGUCACUUAGGUGUUUGGUCUCUUGAUCUUCUCUCUUACCCUCCUUCUCUACCCAAUAUCUCUAUCAGUCUCAUCUUUCCCCACCUGUCUCUCUACUCUUGCCUCUGCCUGAUAUCCCAGUCUCUCUCCACCUAGGUCCCUCUCAAUCUCUGUUUCUCUCCACCUCUGUCUCUGCUUGUCCCAGCUCCAUCUCUACCUCUGCAUCUCCUUAACAGUGUCUCUCAUUCAUUCUCAUUCAUAUUCAUUUUCAUUCUCUCAUAUUCUCUCUCUCUCUCUCUCUCUCUCUCUCCCCCUCUCUCGUCUCCCUGUCUUCUACCUCUGUCUCCUGAUCCCUGUCACCCUCUGAUUUGAUAAGCUUCCUCCCUAUCCCCAGUCAAUGGCUAUUUCUGAUUCCCUGGGUCUGGUCCCUGUCUCUGUUCUUUUUAGCUCUCUGUCUCUCCACCUUGACAUAGCUCUCUUUCUCCUCUUUCCUUAUGACCCCCUCGUGUUCCUGAAUCCAUGACCACCUUCCCUGUUCUGGGAGAUGUGGGGACAGCAACACCCAGCACCCAUAAUUCCCUCCCCCACAGGCAGCCCUUUCCUUGGGGCCCCGCCUGGUACCAGGGCCGCCCCCAGCAGGGGGACUGCGCCUGGAAGCUGUAAUGGAGGCCCUGCAGAGGCAGCAGGCAGCUCGGCUGGCCCAAGGGGUGGGGCCAUUGGCCCCUCCUCACCCUCCACUGCCACCAAGGCCUCCCCUGCCCGGCCCCCGGCCCCUGAAGGCUCCUGAGGGGGCCUUGGGUGAGGUUGGGGCUGAGGAAGAGGAGGAUGCUGAAGAGGAUGAAGAAGAGGAGGAAGCUGGAGCAGAGGAGGAGGUGGCUGAGGAGAGUUGUCCAGGGGCCCGGGGCCCCAGCUCACCUACCGCCCAGCUUCCUGGACCCCAUCCCCAUGAGUGGACCUAUGAGGAACAGUUCAAGCAGCUGUAUGAGCUUGAUGCAGACCCCAAGAGGAAGGAAUUUCUGGAUGACCUGUUUAGCUUCAUGCAGAAGAGGGGGACACCAGUGAACCGCGUGCCCAUUAUGGCGAAGCAGGUACUGGAUCUCUAUGCGCUGUUUCGCCUGGUGACAGCUAAGGGCGGUCUGGUGGAAGUCAUCAACCGAAAGGUGUGGCGGGAAGUCACGCGAGGUCUCAGUUUGCCUACCACCAUCACCUCGGCAGCCUUCACUCUUCGGACUCAGUACAUGAAGUACCUGUACCCAUAUGAGUGCGAGACGCGGGCGCUCAGCUCCCCCGGAGAGCUCCAGGCUGCCAUAGACAGCAAUCGCUCUGCUUCUGGCCUGCCGGUACACGCGUGCGCCCAGCUGAGCCCGAGCCCUAUUAAGAAAGGCACCGGUCUUGUCCAGAGCUCUGCUUCUGGCCUGCCGGUACACGCGUGCGCCCAGCUGAGCCCGAGCCCUAUUAAGAAAGAGGAGAGCGGAAUUCCCACCCCUCGUCUGGCACUACCUGUGGGCCUCACCUUGGGACCUGUACGGAAGAAGAUGGCACCAGAGGAGCCUCCAGAGAAGAGGGCUGUGCUCAUGGGCCCCAUGGACCCACCUCGACCUGGUGCACCCCCUAGUUUCCUAUCCCGUGCCAAGAUUCCCCUGAGGGAAGAGCAGCUGGAUGAGCCCCUCAAUCUGGCAGGCAGUGGCAUCAGCAGUAUCAACAUGGCAUUAGAGAUCAACGGGGUGGUCUACACUGGCGUCCUCUUUGCCCGUCGCCAGCCUGUAACAGCUUCCCAGGGCCCAACCAACCCUGCACCCCCACCCUCUACAGGGCCCCCUACCAACCUCUUGCCCUGAGAGCUCCUACUCAGAACUAAGUCCCAGCCCCAUUGCUGGCGGGUGGGGAACACCUUCUUACCUUGAUUUUUUUCAAGAUGCCCACUCUGGGCCCCAGCCCUGAUUGAUACUGCACCCAACAUCCCUGCUAAAGAUUUUACUUUAAUGUUUCAUCUACCUCAUUGUAAAAGGAGGGCACCCCCUCCCUGGCCAAUUCCACAGCAUCUACCAAAGAAUUCUUUCCCCAGCCACCCUUCUCAUCUCCUCAUAUGCCCUCUGUGUCAGUGUCAUCUGUGGCACCCUAGUUUCUCUUCAGGAGCCAGGUGACAGGUUGGAGUGUUAUGAAGGAGAUGUCCCUGGGGUCACAUCUGGAAAAUAAAGUUGUGAUCCCUUCCUCUUCAGUGCCUUCUCUUUUUGUUUGGGUCUGGGAGGUGGGAAUGAUUUGGUA